GCAGUUUCCAUGGUGGACUUCGAGGAGUUCAAGAUGGAGUUUGCCGAACUCCGUCAUAAAUUCGAAGACCACCAGAAAGAAACCGUCGAAAAUAAUAGGAAAAAGGAAGCGACUUUGAGGUAUUUUUAUAAGCUUCUUGUGUCCUCUGGACCAUAUCAGGAACGGUUUCAUCUUGAUGAAGAUAGAAGUAGAGAAUGAAGACUAUCUAGGAUGGCAUGACGAUGAACUUCCUAACUUUAGAGAGAUAACAGACUAGUAUCAAAAAUUACGAUACAUAGAUUUAAGUUGUACGUGGUUUAGGCAUGAUGAAAGAAUAUUACUUGAGCUGCUACGUCGAAAGUAUGCAUGGGAAGUGGAUUGAGAUUGACAUGGGAAGUAUUUCUGUGUUCAGAUUUUCAGGUCUGAUGAGGUGCACAACGAGCCGGAUGUCGUAAUUUGCCUUUGUUUCUCCUUUCACUUUUUUUACCAUUUUUUUUUGUCUCUGUGAUAGUGAAUAUCAAGGACGACGCAGUAAAAGUAAUAGGUAUCGAGUUUCACAAACCCUACAUCAACAAAACAGGGAGAUGAUGAAGGAGAUGGAGUCGCAGGCCAAGCAGUUGAAGCAGAUAAAGAAAGCUGCUGAGGAGACCAGGAGAUUUUUUAGGGAUGCCUUGAGCCAACAGUUGGGCGAUUUGAAGGAACAGCUGGAGAAAACUUUUGAGGAGCAACUCAGCGUGUCAGAUCGGAUGAUCAGGAGUAGGAUAUCCGAAAUCAUCGACAAAAAAUUCGUCGAGGGCUUUGAAGUGAUCGAAAAUUAUGGAUCAUGAGAUCUUGAGGUAAUCUUGAGGUAAAAGGCCGUUGUUCUAUUUGUAUUUUGAGUUUUCUUUUUCUUCGUGUUCUUCUUUCUACAAGGAAAAGGAGAAGGAAGUAGCUUUGUCUUGUGAAUUUGAUUAGAAUAAGGUCCAAUACAUACAUAGCUGAACUUACACCAUUGCUUGAGUUAGCAUCACCUCAACGUAUCUUCGGCUUUUCUGUGCUCAACUCAAGUGCGUUUCUUUUCAGACAAACAAUACAAGGACCUUUAUGCCAUGAUGAGGACCUUUAUGCCUGUCCUCUCUCCUCUUCCCUCUCCUCUCUUCCACCCUCUCCGCUCCUCCACCCUCGGCCCUUCUAAGGCCAACAGUGUAAGGAUCUUUUUACGAGAAUACAGACCGAGUUGAUGGAACGCGCCAAAAAGCAUGAGGAGGAAAGCCGCGCCUUAGUGGAUGCGCGGUCCUCCGAAGUGGAAUCCAAGGUCAAUUCUAGUUAUGGCUGCAGAUAGUCGCGACUUUGUUUUUGAUAGCGUUCUUCUUGCAUCAUUCAGCGUCACGUUCAAGAAGGAAGCCUUGAUAGCGUUCUUCUUGCAUCAUUCAGCUCUACAUUCAAGAAGGAAGCAUAGGCUUGUAAUGGCAAGAACGUGAUUCAUUUUUCAGUACCUGAGGAAGUGGGUUCCAUAGUUAAGUAGUUUUUUAUCGCUAAGGACACCAAGACCAAACUAUCCUUGUUAAGGACACCAAAAUGUCUCAUGACCUUUCCCUUCCCAAAAUUUUGCAUUUUGGAUUGUACCCCUGUCUGGGUUAACUGCUACUACCUCUAACUUAGAUGCAAGGAGUUGAUCCAAGUCCGGAUGGGCAGAGUUGAACAAGGUUGGUUUGCCAUGUGUGCGAAGACGUGGAUUUGGUCGGUGGACAAUUUCAACGAAAAAAUCUUUGCAUUGUACAAUGUGAAGGAAAAUUUAUGGUGA